CACAUGCUAUCAGGAGGACCAGAGGACAGAGGGAGAUACCGCGGGCGGCAGUGUGUGUGCGGGCGGCAGUGGCGGACGGGUGCGCGGAGCUGCGUGUCUCAGGGCCUCCUGCUCCUGCCUGCCUCGCGCGGCUAAGAGUUGACUUCGAUGGGUACCUCGUCUUUACUAAUGGUGCCGUGGGCGGCGCUCCGGCCUGGCCGACGCAGGGAGGCGGGAGCCGCACCGCCCCGCCACACGGCCGGCCGCUGGGGCAGAUGACAGUGGCUGGCGACUGGUCUUAUCAGCGGGACGGUGUGACCCCCAUCGGUGGCAGCAGCUGUGCCUGUGGACUGUGCCUCAUCUGUGAGCGCCUCGCUGUGGCAGUCACGACGCCACUGUUACGAGUGUGUGUGGCGGCGGCUCAUGGCAGCCCGCGGGCACGUCUCCAGCAGCCAGGGCCCCGCCGCGCCGCCGCCGGGGAGUUGGUGCGGCAGCCGCUGAGCCGCUAGUCAUGAUCGUGUGUGUGGCGCGGUGGAACCGAUAGUUUAUCUUAUCGUGUUUGCUCACCUCCCGCCGGAGGAACAAGACAGGCAGUCUGGCGGAGGCACGGUCUCCCUCCCCCUUCUGCGGCGGCGUCCGCGGGUGGCCGGGCAACAUGGCGUCCCUCAUGUGGUCAUGCUGGUCACUGGACGACCUGGACGACCUGGAUCUGGAAGACACCUCCUAUGAGAAGGCCUGCGGCUCGGACAGGCGUGGGUCUGCCCCUGCCACGCCCAUCCUCGGGGGGCGGCACGCGGACUCCACCCCCAGCAGACUUGUGAGUUUCUUCAGCAAGAGGUCAUUCAAAAAUAAUCCACUGAAGAGAACAAAGUCUGUAACAAAGUUGGAACGAACCAAAAGAGGGAGCCGUGGAGGCGUGGGCGGCCUGCUGGAGUCCGACCCCCUCUCCCUUGGCACCUCGGCGGCGAGACUCCGGUCCUCGCGCUCCCAUGAAUCCCUUCUCUCUAGUCACAACAUGAUGAACACCCUCGACCUAGCAGCUGGUGAGGUGACCAUCAAGCCCCUGCACCCUAGCAUCUUGGGGCAGGAGCACUGUUUCCAGGUAACCUCUCCAACCAGCACCCGGUACUUCAGUUGCCGCUCGGCUGAUGAGAUGGACCGUUGGGUGGACUCACUUCGCAAAGCUGUCAAUCCAAACUUUGAUAAUAUUCGAAGGACAGAAAACUCACUCAAAAUAUUCAUCCUGGAGGCCAAGGGAGUCGCAAAUAAAAAACGAUACUUCUGUGAGCUCCUGCUGGACAACUCCCUGUUUGCCCGCACUUCCAGUAAACAGAAGAGUGAAAUGUGCUUUUGGGGAGAACAGUUUGAGUUCGGAAAUCUGCCUUCUCUGGAGACCAUCACCAUUGUCCUCUACAGAGAAGCAGAUAAAAAGAGGAAAAAGGAGAAGAAUGUGUUGGUUGGGUCUGUCAACAUACCUGUGGCCAACGUCUCGAGUCGGAGUCACAUUGAAAAAUGGUACCAAGUACAAAAUGAGAACAGAGCGCCGAGUAAAGACAACGCAGCCCUUAGAAUCAAAUGCAAAUUCCAGACCAUUGACAUCUUGCCAAUGGAACUGUAUACAAAUUUCCUGCAGUAUAUAAAGACAAACUACGGCACCCUGUGUGAGCUGCUGGAGCCAGUCAUUAGUGUUAAAGCCAAAGAGGACAUCGCCACGGCCUUGAUCCACAUCAUGCAGCGGGAAGGGAUGGCACGGAACUACUUGGCUGAUUUGGUCAUGAUGGAGAUUGAGAGGAUUGAUGACUCUCACCUUCUUUUCCGUGGUAACUCCUUAGCAACUAAAUCAAUGGAAGCCUUCAUGAAGCUUGUGGGCGGCAAGUACCUGCUGGACACGCUGAGGCAGGUCAUCAACAAGGUGGUGGAGGCAGGACUUGACUGUGAGGUUGAUCCCACAAAAGUCCCCCAGUUUGCCUCCCUUCAGAAGCAGCAAGAAAACCUGUUAUCCAAUGUGCGAAUGACUUGGUCCAGAGUUCUCAACUCCCAUCCCUAUUUCCCUGUUGAGCUUCGAGAAUGCUUCUGCAUGUAUCGAGAACGCCUCACAGAUAUAGGAAAGCCGCACCUGAGUGAUAAUUUGAUAUCUGCAUCCAUAUUUCUCAGGUUCUUGUGCCCUGCAAUUUUAUCUCCUUCACUUUUCAACAUAACUCAGGAGUACCCAGAUGAAAGGGCAUCAAGGAACCUCACCCUAAUUGCAAAAACUCUCCAGACGCUUGCAAACUUCACAAAGUUCCAAGGCAAGGAGAACUUUAUGGAGUUCAUGAAUGAGUUCAUAGAUCUUGAACAGGCACAGAUGAAGUCCUUCCUGAAACAGAUCUCAAGUCCUGCUACCCAUGACCCCAGGAUAAUGGAAUAUGAUAGAAACAUAGAUAUGGGUAAGGAACUGUCACUGCUGCACACAUUCCUGACAGAAGCUCUCAAGAAACUCUCAACGUGCACCACCAAGACCAACAUCGGGGUGGCUCAGCAGCAUGAAGUUGAGAAGCUUCGUCUCAUCCUUGAGGAGAUUCGUGUGGCACAGACUCAGCCAAAUAUCAACAUUGUACAAAGACUAUCCUCUCAAAACCCACCCACCUCUCCCUUGGCAGACCCAACACUUGCCCCGGAGAAUGCCAGAGUAGAGGACAGAGUUGGGUACCAGAGCCUUCAAAGGAAUAUCUUCCGGUUCAAUGAUCCCACGGUUAGUGACGACCACAAGCUUCUGCCACCCCCUCCCAUCAGUUUUAUUCAGUCCCCUACAGAGCCUCCCUCCACCCCUCGUCCCUCCACCCUGCCAAGAAACACCUAUCUAAUGGGUUCUGCUCGUAAGCCGGCUCUAGAUUUGAACACUGCUGAUGAUUAUGUGCUCUUCUCUGCCCUGGAUCCUGAGGGGAAGGUCAGAGACCCCAGUGCAAUAGGCCACAGUCACAGCUACAGCCACUUAGCUCCUGCACCAUCCCAAAAUAAUUCCUCUCCUGUCCACAACCACAACCACCAACAUCAUCACCACUUCCAUAAUCACACUGCUUGGUUCAACAAUAGACAAGUGUUUCCUAGUCACCAACAAGUGAAUGGCCAUGGGCAAGUUCACCAAAAUGGACAUGUGGUGUCUAAUGGUAAUCCUGAGGAGUCAUUAGAUGUCAGCCAUGAAGAGAAUGAUCAAAAUUCAACUGGUGAAACUGAAGGAAACAUGAAAGGUUCACAAACGUCAAUUUCUCAGUUGUCCAAUGUGGCAUCCUCAGGUUACCAGAGCUUUGCAUAUAGCCAGUCCUCUAGCCCUGUUGAUCCAUCAAUAACUCACCAUGAUGCUGCCAACAACAAUGCAGCAGCAAAUAACAACAGCAACAGCACCAAUAAUAGUAGUGGCAUGCACAUAUCACCCCACAUGACUCCACCACAGUUGUCAGCUCCUCUGGCCUUCAACAAUCCCAUGUACCACCUCAACGCAGCCACCAGCUCUCCUCGACCGGUCCCUCAACGUGUCCCUCGCAUGGCUCACCAUCACCACCACCCCCACCACCACCACCCCCUCCUGCAUCAGAGUCCUCAGCAACAGCAGAGCCCAGUGAGCUCCUCUCUCAGCUCAGCUCACAGUGUUGAAGACCUCCCCUCAGCCCCAACAGUCACCCCAAGCUUGGCCUCAACCCGUGGUCCCCAGCACACUCAUUCCUCCUCCAGUGAGGACAACACUUCUCUGGCCUGUACUCCUCCACUAGAGCAGCGAGGCUUCAAGUCAGGGGCUCCGCGAACAAACCCCAGAUGUCUGCCCCAUGGCGGGGGCUGGGGCCAACCAACUGCUGUUCCCAGUGUGACGCCCGAUCACCACCACUCUACAUCUGACCUCUUGGGAGGUUCUCAGUGUAGGAGAACAAAAAUGUCACGCCGCCAAUCCACCGAUGUUAACGGCAGCCGCAGGCAGCGCUACAAAUAUGACAGUGACUCCUCCAGCGAUGAGCAGCAGUCCCCACCAGCCCGGGUCAGGCCCCAGCGUGCCAGUCACAGAGUGUCUGAGAUGAAAACUUUGGACGAGUAUGAACAAGAGAUCUUGGACUUAAGGACGGCAAUGGAGGAAAUGCACCACAAAUUGGUAACAGCGGAGGAACAUGCUCAGGCACGGCCUGCCAACCCUGAGGGCUCAGAAUCCUUGAUGCCCCCCUCCCCCAGUGACCCCCGACAGCGGUCCAGCAGCGCUGCCUCACCCCUCACCCGCCAGCAUGGGAGACACAGCCGCCAGAACCCACAGUGUCCCGUGUCACAGCAAGCUGGUGAUCACGGAGCCCAGAUGAGAGAAAUGCUACAAAAAUUGCAAGAGCAGUUCAGGAAAGAGCAGAUGAAGAUGAAUGAACUCAUGUCUGAGAAGGAUGCACUAAUCCAGGCACAGGAGGACAGAAUCAAUGCCCUUGACCGCACCAACACCCAGCUUCUUAUGGCCCUUGAACACAUCAGGGAGCUGAAGCUGAGGGAGUCGGUGGAGUCAUCUUCUGCAGCUCAGGAGGUCAGUCAGUUGUCCGACACCAGCGACUACAAGAGCAGCUCCUGCUGAACACUUACUGGGCAGGAGCACGAACCACAUAAUAAUUUAGUUAUAUACACAAUUUUCAUAUCAAAGGCUAUUGUAAGAAUAUAUUCCUACCUGCACUGGCCAAGGUAACAUUUGGAAUCAUAGUCUUUAAUACUGGUAAACAGAGAUAAUUUUUAUAUUAGUGUACUGCAGAUAUUAAUGGUGAACACUGUUAGCACACCUCCUGAUAGUCAAUGUUCCCUGUAUUUCCCUCACUGCAAAUGCUGCCUCAAUGCAUAUGUCGUGUGGACGUUUCUAGUUUGUUUGAUCGACCCUGUGAAUUAUCUAGUUUCUUAGCUCUUAUAGGAAAGUCUGGAUAAGUAAGCUGAUCAGAUGUUGAGUAUUUUAGAUAAUCUUUCAAUUGCAAUUCAUUCUCCAUUUAGUCCAUUACUUAAUUCCUCAAAUUGUCAUAUUUUUAUCAUAAUGGAAGACUUCUAGGUGUUUUACAUGCCAGCAAAUGUUUUAAUCAGGUUACAGUAUUAAGCUUAUGAGUGGACAAAUUGUAAAAGUGUUAAUUAAAAUGUAAAUUAGGCAAGAUCAGUAGUUUUGCAGGGCUGAACAGCUAGCUUCAGUUUUCCCUGGCCAUCUACUGGAAUAUUUUUGACAUAAAUAUAUUUUUCUGUCAAUCUAAACUAAGCAAAUUCUGGCUAAGAAGAAAGGACUUGGUCUGGUGCCGUGUGAACCAAAUGCAACUCGGCACAGGCAGAUUCACAUCAGUUUGUAUGAUGUGUAUCUCCUGCCAAGUCCAUAGCCAAUGCUGCCUUAUUGCUAGUAUUACAACUUGGUGUAUGUCUCAGAAAUCAAUUGAAGAUCAUUGAACGAUUGAAAAGGAAAGAAUUACUGAACUCCAAUGAAGGGAACUCUGAAAGACCUGUAUGGGUUAUGCAAAUGUUCUUGGCUUCUUGUGCUCAUUUUUCAAUUGAUUGAAAAUAAGUAAGAACCCCCUCCUGCCUGGGACACACUGCACAAACACUUGAGUGAGGCUGGUGCUCCCAGCUGACACUAAAUUGAGCACCUCAUGCCUUCUGCCUCUGUUACAUCUGUACCUUGAUGUUGCCGUUGUCGCCUCUGUUCUCGGAGGUAUUUCUAACCAAAGAUUCACAUUUAUAUACUUGAAUAUAUAGAUAUAUAAUUUAUAUUGAUUACAGUUCACAUAUGUCACACUGAGGGCUUUAAACAUAUACAAAUGCUAAAAGUACAUAAUAAAGAGUCAGAAUGGCGAUCACAUACCACACGGGAAGAGUGCGCGCCAGUAGGGCCGUCGCUCUCCUGUGAGGAUGCAUUGGCCCAUUCCAGAAAACAUUAUUGGCUUUUAUUAGUGUAUAUGGUGAAUGUACUCUAUUUGAGUGUAUUUAUUUCAUUUUAGUAUCCGAGUCACAGAAGACCUUCUGUAAAUGUAUAUAUUGUAAAUUUUAUAAAUUAUGUACACUCUUUGGUACCUGUUUCAUGAUCCUCUGGCACAAGAUGUUGUCUCGUUUCAACAUGAUUUAGGUUAUCAGUGUAAAUACUGGUGUGAAAAUAAAAAUCUAUGUACU